GCUGGGGAGGCGGCGGCAGAACGCGCGAGGACCAGGCAGGCUUGGGGCCCGAGAUCAUGGCAACCUCUCAGCUCCUGUCGCGGCAGCUGGAGCAGCUGUUGGACCCGCGGCCGAGCGAGGCGGACCCCGAGGCGGAUCCCGAGGAGGCCACUGCUGCCCGAGUUAUUGACAGAUUUGAUGAGGGUGAAGAAGAAGACAGUGACCUCUCUCGUGUGGGAAGCAUUAGGAAAAGGGCCUUUGCCUCUCUCUUAGAUACAGACAAACGAUAUUCAGGCAAGACUACUUCUCGAAAGGCUUUGAAAGAAGACCUGUGGGAACAGCCUCUAUCAGAAGCAUCUGACAGAGAAGCAUCUGAUGAAGAGUCAGAGAACACAGGGCUAGUGGAGUCUGAUGAGGAACAAAGGAGUUCUGCUGAGGAGCUGGAAUCCAGUGAUGAUGGGGGAAGUAGUUUGGAAGACAAAGGCCAAAGAGAGAAGAGGGACACUCAUUCUUCAGGCUUUAGUUUCCAGAGCAUCAGUGACUUUGAAAAAUUCACUGAGGGAAUGGAUGAUGUUGGCAGUGGUGAGGAAGAAGAAGAAGAAAAAAACAGCAUGGAAGAGGAAACUGAUGAGGAAGGAGACGGGGAGGAAAUUGAGGAGGCUGUACCUAAAGACAAAAAUGAUGAUGAGACAGUGAGGACCUUCUCAGGAGGCAAAGUAUCAGAGGAAGUGGAGAAAGGAAGAGCUGUGAAGAACCAAAUAGCGCUGUGGGACCAACUCUUGGAAGGGAGGAUCAAGCUGCAGAAAGCUCUGCUGACAACUAACCAGCUUCCCCAACCAGAUGUUUUUCCUAUUUUCAAGGACAAGGGCGGGUCAGAGUUUGCCAGUGCCUUGAAAAACAGCCACAAGGCACUUAAAGCAUUGCUUAGGUCAUUGGUGGAUCUUCAGGAGGAACUGCUUUACCAGUAUCCAGACACAAGAUACCUCGUAGAUGGAACAAAACCUAAAGAAGAAAGUGAGGACGAGAUCCCUAGUGAGGAGGAAGAGGCUGUGGUGGGGGAGUAUCAGCAGAGGAGAGGCCCUCCCAAGAGAAAGCUGGAGAUGGAUGACUAUCCCGGCUUUAUGGCAAAGCGCUUUGCUGAUUUCACAGCCUACAGGAACCGUACGCUUCAGAAAUGGCAUGACAAAACUAGAUUGGCUUCUGGCAAGCUGGGGAAGGGUUUUGGUGCCUUUGAGCGCUCAGUCUUGACUCAGAUUGACCAUAUUCUGAUGGACAAAGAGAGAUUGCUCCGAAGGACACAGAUGAAGCGCUCCGUGUACCGUGUGCUUGGCAGAGCUGAGCCAGUAGCUGAGCUUGUUCCAGAGAGUUUGCCAGGGCAGCCGGAAAUAUUGCCUGAAGUCCCAGCCAAUGCUCACCUGAAAGACUUGGAUGAAGAAAUCUUUGAUGAUGAUGAUUUUUAUCACCAGCUCCUCCGAGAACUCAUAGAACGGAAGACCAGUUCUUUGGAUCCUAACGAUCAGGUGGCUAUGGGCAGGCAGUGGUUGGCCAUCCAGAAGUUACGAAGUAAAAUUCACAAGAAAGUCGAUAGAAAAGCCAGCAAAGGAAGGAAACUCCGGUAUCAUGUCCUUAGCAAGCUGCUGAGCUUCAUGGCACCUAUUGACCACACUACAAUGAAUGAUGAUGCCAGGACAGAGCUUUAUCGAUCACUCUUUGGAAAAGUCAGCACACCUGCAGAAGACCCUCCAAAUUAGGGUUACCCACCGCCUUCCAGGCAGGUGUGUCUUUUCUACUGGAAUUGAAGAGACAGCCCUAGAACAAGAAGCUAUCUCCAUAUGCCAGCACUGGCUGCUCAUCUAGUUAAACAGUUGACACCUCUUUGACACCUGAGGCUGAAUUUAGUGGGAGAGCUAGAGCAGUUCCUCAGGAAGAAGUAUCUCUAAUAUGCACCCACUCAUAAUACCUGUUUGAUACCUCCAGGACAUUAAGGAUCAUCUCCCUCUCCCUUUUUAAAAGUUUCUUCAGGGCUUUGUGUGGCCAAGAGAGCCAUCCCUUGUAUCUUCGAUGAUCACAGAGAAGUGCUGUUGGUUUUGCUGCUUGUAAACAUUUCGAAAGCAUCGGCAGUUAGAGGACCCUGUAUUCUACUGGAAUGUUCAGUAAUUGGUUGGGAAUUAUUCUUUCAAGCAAGAAGCUAUUUGAAUAGACAUUGGGACUGCAUGUCAUAAGACUGCACUGAAAGAAGACAGCCUGAGCAAAAUGCUUCUUGUCCUGAUCAGAAGUUUUUCAUGGCACUGAGCCACAAGGAGCUCUAGAAAAUCCUGAUGGUCACACCCACCCUUUUUUUUGCAGCUCAGAAAUAUUUGUGGAUUUUCAGUUAAAUAUUGAUCUCUUGACUUUCUUUUCUCUGUUUUCCUCUAACUAAUAAGGAUUCUUUCAGAAUCCUGUUCCUUUCUCACCACUCAUGACACACUUUAUUGAGGUUAACUCUGGUGUAAAUCUAGCAGGAGCAGAUGAUUCACUUGUUUUUCAUCCAAAGGUCAAAAGCUGGAAAUUAAAUCCCCAUAAGGGGGAUUUAUUGGCCUGCUGUGGUCAAUCUACAAUGAAGAUGAUCGUGCAUAAGUAAUGCAUGCAUAUGGAUGGAGCAGCACGUAGAGCCAAGUACUCAGCUGCAUCCUUUGCUCUGCCCAAGUCUUUAUUUGAUGCCUUAGAGUCUAAGAAGAGACCCUUAGACCAGCUCACAAAGUGUAAUUGUCAUAAAUACAGAGUUGUGGUUUGGGAAAUAAUAUUUUGGCGAUGAAAAUGUCAGAACAGAAUUACAGAUUCUUAUUUUACAUACAUAUAUGUCUUCCGAGCACAAGAUGGGGGGCAAAUAGAAGGGAAGAAGGUUUUUCCACUCUAAUUAAUGGGUCUUUUUUUCAUGGUGACUUGUUUUUCCUGCCUCGAUAUUCACCUCUUGGGUUUGACUGUCAAGGAAACAUAAAAUUUUCAGUGCUGCUCCAUUUCCAGAAAAUAUCAAUCACCAGAAAUAUAAGGCAUCACUCAAAAAAGAUCUCUUUUUUGAAUAUAAUGUAUGAUUCUUUCCAUCUGGCCUGAGGACUUCCAGAUAAUGCAUAUUAUAACAGCAAGUAAAUAACUCUUAAAUAUUUCUAUGAACGUAACACCCAGCUUGCUUUCUUAAGGGGAUCAGGCUUUUUGUCACUGUCAAAUUUUAUCAGGUGAAGAAUGAGAUCUAAAUAGGUGUUCCAGAAUCUUUGAAGCAAAUAUGCUUAAUUAAAGUGAAUGAGAAGUUGGGAGCAAUGCAAAAUACCGAACAGGCAAGGGGUUUUCAUCGAAGGGAGGCCUAUGUUUUAAAAUUCAGAAUACCACCCUCCUUCCAGCCAAGAGUAAAUUGGAAACUAUUUUAAUUGACACGGAUACUGCAAUUCAACUGUUACUAGAAAGACAGAUUAGUUGAUUGAUUUGCAUUUUAAUAAAACUAAUGCUUUACA